AUGUAUCUUAUAGAAAGCAGAGGACGUUCCCUAAAGAAAUGGAACUGUAUGCCAAAACCAGAUAAUUUCAUGGAGUAUAACGGCAACCGAUUGAUUCAUGAUGAACUCAAUUACAAUGCUGAGGAGCAAAGAAAAGAGAAUGAGAGACUUUUAGCCAUGAUAAAAGAUGAGCAGAAAGGUGUUUAUGAAGAGAUUUUGGAUGCUGUUAUGAACUACAAAGGUGGUGUUUUCUUUGUAUAUAGUUUUGGAGGUACUGGUAAAACAUUUCUUUGGAGUUGCCUUUCAAUCGCUAUUCGAUCUAGAGGUAAGAUAGUAAUCAACACUGCAUCGAGUGGAAUUGCUGCUCUGUUGUUAGAAGGUGGUAGAACAGCACAUUCGAGGUUUGGAAUCCCAAUAAAUCCAGAUGAUUUUACACAAUGCAAUAUGCCUCCUGGAUCAGAUCUUGCCAAUUUGAUGAAAAGGGCUGGCCUUAUUGUUUGGGAAGAGGCUCCGAUGAUGAGCAAGUAUUGUUUCGAAAACUUAGAUAGAAGUCUAAAUGAUAUCAUCAGAUUACCUGUGAGAAAACCAUUUGGUGGGAAGGUGGUUGUUUUUGGAGCUGUUGGUGAUGGUAAAGUCAAUACUCCAAAUAAUGGUGUUGUGGAUAUUGACAUUCCAGAAGAUUUAUUGAUCAAAGAUUGUGGCGAUCCAACGAAAACUAUAGUUAAAGAAGUGUAUAGAAACUUAAUAAGUAGUCAACAUGCUGAAGACUUUUAUCAACAUCGUGCUAUUUUGAGUCCUACAAACGAAGAUGUUGAUCAAAUUAACGAUUAUAUGUUGUCAUUGCUGCCAUGUGAAUUACAUACCUACCUGAGCGCUGACAGCAUUGCACCCAGCGACAAAGACCCAUCUAAUAAGGUAACAUAUCCUACAGAGUUUUUGAAUGGAAUCAAAGUUUAUGGAUUGCCCAAACAUUGUUUGAAACUUAAGAUAGGUGCACCAGUUAUGUGUUUGCGUAACAUUGAUCCUAAGGGAGGUCUAUGUAACGGCACUAGGUUGAUUCCUACACAUUUAGCUCGCCAUGUUAUAGAGGGUAGAAUCAUAACAGGAACCGAUAAGGUUGGAGAUAAGGUUCUCAUUCCUAGAAUGUUUGUUACACCUCCGGAAACGAGUUUUCCUUUUAGAAUGCGUCGAAGACAAUUUCUUGUGACAUUGGCUUUUGCAAUCAACAAAAGUCAAGGUCAAUCCCUUCAAAAUGUUGGUUUAUUCCUACCUAGACCAGUAUUCUCACAUGGACAGCUAUAUGUUGCAUUAUCAAGGGUGAAGUCUAGGUCUGAUUUGAAGAUUUUGAUUGCUGAUAAGAGUGAUAACGUGCAGAAGAAGAUAAAUAAUGUUGUGUAA